GGAGGUUUAUUUUCAGACGUUCAAGAUGGCGACUGGCAAAACGGAUUCAAAUGCUAUGUUUGGAGGGUCAAAAUUGUCGAGUUUGGAGGACGAUUUCACUUAUGGAGUCACGGUUGCCCAGACUAAUAUCAAGAUUCGGCUUGGUUUUCUAAGGAAGGUUUAUGGCAUUCUCACAGCCCAGCUUGCCCUUACCAUCAUUGUGGCGGGAAUAUUUAUGUACACAGAAAGCAUCAAAGGUUUUGUACAAGCAAGACCAGAGUUUUUGAUGGUGGCCUUCAUUCUUUCUAUUGGCCUGUUGAUUGGGCUGAUGUUUAAACGCAAGGAACACCCAACAAAUAUGUACCUGCUGUUGGCUUUUACAUUAGCAGAAGCAUACACUGUGGGUACAUUGGUGACAUUCUAUGACCAAGCACUUGUGUUGGAAGCAUUUGUGCUGACUGUGGCAACCACCAUGGCGCUGACAAUGUACACACUGCAAAGCAAAAAGGACUACAGUUCAUGGGGAGCUGGCUUGUUUAGCCUUCUGUGGAUCCUCAUCUUAGCUGGGUUUCUCCAGUUUUUCUUCCACAGUGAGACAUUUGAGCUGUUGUAUGCAAUUGCCGGUGCCCUGCUGUUCUCGGCCUUCAUUGUCUUUGACACUCACAUGCUGAUGCACAAACUCUCCCCCGAGGAGUACAUCCUGGCUUCCAUCAACCUGUACCUGGACAUGAUCAACCUGUUCAUUGAAAUCCUCAGAAUCCUCAAUUCAAUGAAAAAGAACUAAUUUGAAAAUGCCUAGCUUCUGGGUUCUUGUAGUGUGACUCUUUUACAACCAUUAUUUUGGCUGCCAUGCAAUGUGUUUUCUUGGUGGAAGAGAACAUUGUGUGACAACCUAAACAAUGGCUGCAAACGGAAAUAGUUAAAACUUGCAUGUAUAAUUAUUUAAGACUGGUUACUGGUAUUAGACUCAUAAAAACCGACCUAAGAUUUUGAUUUCGAGAACAUAGAGAAAAGAAUAAUUGUUAAAUCAUCGUUUAUCCCCUUUCAUUUGGUGAGCUCAAAACCUCAAUUCUCUCUACCAGUUGUUAGAUAUCCUUUAAUUAAUGUCUGUUCUAAGAAUUUGGCAGUACAUCAAGGCAAUGUGUCGAUGAUUUUCCUUUUUCUCACCACCUGUCUACUUGGCAAUAUAUUGAUGUUGUAAGGAGAAAUUUGAUUUUGAUAUUAACCCAGGUUUUCUUAGGCCCAAAGCCAUUGGUAAAUUAUUGACAUACUGGAGCAAUUUUGUUCCUGGAGGUUGCAAUCCUUUUGGUUGCACCAAGAAAUUGCCUCUGGGAUAAAUUUUGUGAGCCAGCAUUAGCUACAGCAGUUUACUGUUUCUGUGCAGUUCAGAAACAGUUAUUAAACUUGAACAUGUAUGCCCAAUCAAACCCAAGCCAGGAUUUCCUGGUUGCUGACCUACAUGUACACCAUGCAGGCUCUGGGGACGAAAUUGCGUACUGGAGUUGUGAGGUGGAAAGAGCACAAUAAUGUACUGCUUCUUUCGCAGACUCUGGCAAUUUUAUAGCACAAGAACAAAGCAAUAAGUUGUGAACUCAAGUGGCAUUUAGUUACAAGCCACAAAAAUUGGGGAAGUAGAAACUGAGUACUUUUCGUUCUCUGCACUGACUUACGUACUGCACUAAUAUUUAAAGGUUGUGUUUGUGUUACUUUAAGACCACUGACUUCCAAGCUGUAUAGGAUUUUAUGGUUGUAACAAGUGAAAAGUAGAAGUAAACAAAAUCAGUAUUUGUAUAUUUAGGAGGGAAAUUCAGUAUGACAAAAUAAACAAGUUAAAAUUGAA